AUGUUUUUGUUAGGAUUGGGAAGCAAGAAGAUUCAGGACAAGCUGGAAGAGGGCCAGAAACUGAAAGAAAAUGUAAUUAGAUCUUGCUCCAAGUGUGGGAAUUUUUUCGAGGUGGUUUAUGAUUCUGAGAAUCAUUUAGAACCUUCCGAAAUUGUGACCACUGUUGAGUCAACUGAAUCAGUGCACGAUAUGUUUUUAGACUACUUAAGUUUAGAAGAAAGAAAUCCGGAUAAUUUUGAAGACUUUAUUUUACAAUUUAUGGAAGUUUCUAUAGAAAAGGAUAAUAGAACUCUGAGUAACAAAACAAAUGUGGAGGAAUCACUUUGUAUUGAUUGUAUGAAUUACUUAAUAUCCCAAUUUUCAAUGGCCUUGAACAAGGAGAUAAAUAUUAUGGACAAAUACAGAGACAUUUCAAACAUAAUACUUUCUUCUGAAAAUUAUGAUGAUAAUAUAGAUUUUAGAAAUAAAGGAUCCGAACAAGAAGUCACAAAUUUUUCUGAGAGCUUUGACAUGUCUAGCAAAGAACAUUCUGAUAUUUUGGACAUUUAUAAUGAAUUCUUAAAGAUGCAACGAUAUUUUCAAUAUAAGAGUAUUGAGAAUAAUGAUAAUGAUAAUAAAGAGAUAAAAAAAGAGGGAAAAGAAGGAAAUGGUGAAUGCAAAUUUCAAGUAUUUAAUACCAUAGAAAUGGAAGAUAUUGUAGAGCUUAAAGAAAACCAAAACCUGGAACUAAAUUUAAAGCAAGAAUUAAAUCAGUAUGAAACAAAAAAAGAAGGAAUGGAAAACCAUCUUGCUUUUUUGAGAGGGUACCUGGAAAGGCUAAAAAGAACAGAUUUCCUGAACUUAUCUUUUUAUAUUCAAGUUAAAGAUGGCAUUUCAAGUAUAAAUGGACUUCGUCCUGCAUUAUUUGAGGCAGAUUUUGAGAAUUGGAAUGAGCUAAAUGCAGCUCUCGGUGCUUCAGCUCUGCUUUUACAUACUAUUUUGGAACGUCACAAACUUCCUUUGAGUAUUAAUCCGAGUGGAAGUUAUUCUACUAUCAAAGAUUCAACUUGUUCAAUUUGGCCUCUUCAUGGCAACACUCUUUGUAAUUCAGAUUAUAACGAAUGUACUAACUUUGAUAAGGGAAUAUCUUUAUUUGUUUUUCUUAUAGAUUCUGUUUAUAAUGCAAUUCCUGGAACAGAAGAAAGUCUACCUUAUCCUGUUGACCAAAUAAACGGCACUAUAGGAGGUAUCCGCCCUAAUUUGCUCUUCAACGAAAGAGAAUCCUGGAAUAGAGCUAUGAGCAUGAAUCUAAUCAACCUAAAAUGGCUAUUAGUUAAAUCUUGUGAAAGCAUUCAAAAAAAAUUAAAUAGUCCCUCCUAA